AAUGAAGUUCCAUGUUCGAAGAGGGCAACGCAGUGAACUUCUUUCGCGCACGGAUACGAGCUGCUACGAAACGAUGGCACAACCUUCUUGUAUAGGCAGCCGUGAUGCGAAAUACCAGCAUAACUAGAAAUAGAGCGAGAACUCGAGAUGCGGAGUGACACAGGUCUUGAAACGUGCCUCGCUUUUGGUGGCCUCUGGAGUCCAGCUGCAGUGCGUCGUCUGGUGCACCUAAAUUGAGAAGUUCAGCUCGAUCUCGAGCAGACGACGCUACCUCCUCGCCACCACCCUCGCGGCAGACAAAAAAACAGGUGACCCAGCUGCAAGCGAAUUUAUUGAUCACGACGGGAGAAAGUGGAGAAAUGAUCCAGGCGCAAACAUGUCCGUGAGCGACCCGCUACUAAAGCAGCUCAAAGACCAUAUAUUCCACCUUCGUCGCCAUUGCCUCGUGGUAGCCAUCGAUGACUCCAAUGGCCUCCUGCUCCCUUUCUGCACAACACUGGAGCUCAUCUUCCGGAAGGGACUCCAAGUGCAAAAGAAUACUCCACUUGGCAGCUUGCGCCGAGACUACUGGAAUGUAUUUUUCUCCAUGCUGCACUUGAAGAAACAGGACAAGUUACCGCUGCGGCUGGCUACGUCCAUUCAGACUGUCAAGGACUUCAAGAAAGUGCAAACAGCACAAGGAAAAGGUCGACUGCUGCUUCGGGUGUUGCUCAAGCGGCGUCUGCUCAAGACAGCUGUCGCGUGCCUCCUGCAAUCGCCAAGCCUCGUCGGGGCCAUGUACAACCCAUCUGACUCAAUACUCGGGAAUGAGAUACUCGCAGAAAUCCUCCUCUCUCUUUUGCACGAGGUAGACAAAAUACCCUUCAACAUCGCUCUACGGAAUGCUACCUUCCUGGACGAGACGUGGCACUUAGGGCUAUACCAAAGCUUCGAGUUCGUCCCUUGCGAUACUCUCGGCAUCAGCAUCGGGUUUGCCGCUGGAGUUCCCGUGGUCACACAAGUGGAUGAAGGAAGCGUUGCAGGCGAAGACGACAAAAUGCAAGUAGGAGACGUGCUGGACGACUUGUACGGCGAGGCCCUGAAAGGGCGGAAGCGAGGCACAAUCUCGACGCUUCUGGACCACUUCAAGGGCAUGCCAGUGUACGUCUCUGUCAUAAAGAGCUACCAAUCAGACGGCACCCCAUACCCUCCCGUAGCAGAUCUUUUGAAGAGGCUCCGCAUAUCACCACCCCACGAGAAGAAACGACUCAGCGCAUUGUCAGAGAGGGACUCACCUGACUUGUUUCCCGAGUCACCAGGAGCCUCCGGUUUGCCGGUGAAUACACCGCAUGAGAGUGCAGCCUAUGCAGCCGUGUACAUCGGAAAAACAUACGUCGGAAGUGCUGGUCACGUCUUGGAGAUCGAAAGGGCCAUCCGAGACGUUGCCUUCAAGGACACCGACACGCAUGUGAAAUACAGAAUACCAGUGUGGGUCGACGUUAGUGACUGCUACUUCAAAGUCUUCAGUCGACUGACCAAAGAGGUAAGCAUAUGA